UGCGACCUUCGCCAACGUCCCGCCCCGUCGCCGUCAGGGCCUGCCCCCUAACUCUCCUUCCCAGUUCCCGGUGGUGGAGGAGGUGGUGGUGCUGGUGGGGAAGGUCCUCGCGGCCCAUGCUGGUGGCUGGGGACCCGCGCAGCCUCCAUCUGCCCUGGGCCGGUCCACCGGCCACCAUGGUGGCCCUGAGGAGGCCUGUGCAGCUCCUCCAGGGAGGCUAAUAGAGGUCGAGAGCCGCAGGCCUUGCGGGGAGUGAGGGGGACGGUGAGAGGGUCCCAGGCCUGAACCCCCCCUUCCAUCCACACGCAACCCCCCCCUCCCACCCCCGCCCCGCGCCAUGGCCGGAGCCAUCGCUUCCCGCAUGAGCUUCAGCUCGCUCAAGAGGAAGCAGCCCAAGACAUUCACGGUGCGGAUCGUCACCAUGGACGCAGAGAUGGAGUUCAACUGCGAGAUGAAGUGGAAAGGGAAGGACCUGUUUGAUUUGGUGUGCCGGACGCUGGGGCUGCGGGAAACCUGGUUCUUUGGACUGCAGUAUACAAUCAAGGACACUGUGGCCUGGCUCAAAAUGGACAAGAAGGUGUUGGAUCAUGAUGUUUCAAAGGAAGAGCCGGUCACCUUUCACUUCCUGGCCAAGUUUUACCCUGAGAAUGCCGAGGAAGAGCUGGUUCAGGAGGUCACGCAGCAUCUGUUCUUCCUGCAGGUGAAGAAGCAGAUUUUGGAUGAAAAGAUCUACUGCCCUCCCGAGGCUUCCGUGCUCCUAGCUUCCUAUGCUGUCCAGGCCAAGUAUGGUGACUAUGACCCCUCUGUGCACAAGCGAGGAUUUUUGGCCCAAGAAGAGUUGCUUCCAAAAAGGGUAAUAAAUUUGUAUCAGAUGACUCCGGAAAUGUGGGAGGAGAGAAUUACUGCUUGGUAUGCUGAGCACCGCGGCCGAGCCAGGGAUGAAGCUGAAAUGGAGUAUUUGAAGAUAGCUCAGGACCUGGAGAUGUACGGUGUGAACUACUUUGCAAUCCGGAAUAAAAAGGGCACCGAGUUGCUGCUUGGAGUGGAUGCUCUGGGGCUGCACAUCUACGACCCUGAGAACCGACUGACUCCCAAGAUUUCCUUCCCAUGGAAUGAAAUCCGAAACAUCUCCUACAGCGACAAGGAGUUUACUAUUAAGCCUCUGGAUAAGAAAAUUGAUGUCUUCAAAUUUAACUCCUCGAAGCUCCGUGUUAAUAAGUUGAUCCUUCAGCUGUGUAUUGGGAACCAUGACCUAUUUAUGAGGAGAAGGAAGGCUGACUCUUUGGAAGUUCAGCAGAUGAAAGCCCAGGCCAGGGAGGAGAAGGCUAGAAAGCAGAUGGAGCGGCAGCGCCUCGCCCGGGAGAAGCAGAUGCGGGAGGAGGCCGAGCGCACGAGAGACGAGCUGGAGAGGCGGCUGCUGCAGAUGAAAGAGGAGGCGACAAUGGCCAACGAAGCUCUGAUGCGCUCUGAGGAGACCGCUGACUUGUUGGCUGAAAAGGCCCAGAUCACUGAGGAGGAGGCCAAGCUGCUGGCACAGAAAGCUGCUGAGGCUGAGCAAGAGAUGCAACGCAUCAAGGCCACAGCCAUUCGGACAGAGGAGGAAAAGCGCCUGAUGGAGCAAAAGGUGCUGGAGGCUGAGGUGCUGGCGCUAAAGAUGGCCGAGGAGUCAGAGAGGAGGGCUAAGGAGGCUGAUCAGCUGAAGCAAGACCUUCAGGAAGCUCGUGAGGCAGAGCGACGAGCCAAGCAGAAGCUCUUAGAAAUUGCCACCAAGCCCACAUAUCCGCCCAUGAAUCCAAUACCAGCACCAUUGCCUCCUGACAUACCGAACUUUGACCUCAUCGGUGAUAGCCUGUCUUUCGACUUCAAGGAUACUGACAUGAAGCGGCUCUCCAUGGAGAUAGAGAAAGAAAAAGUGGAGUACAUGGAGAAGAGCAAGCAUCUGCAGGAACAGCUCAAUGAACUCAAGACAGAAAUCGAGGCCUUGAAACUGAAGGAGAGGGAGACAGCCUUGGACAUCCUGCACAAUGAGAACUCAGACAGGGGCGGCACCAGCAGCAAGCACAAUACCAUUAAAAAGCCUCAAGCCCAAGGCAGAAGACCUAUCUGCAUUUGAGUCCUCACAGUAGGUUAUUCCCAGCUCACUUUACAGAGCGCCAAGUCCCGAGUGGCCUUCUUUGAAGAGCUCUAGCAGGUGACCCAGCCGCUCCAGGAUCUGCCACUUCUGCUACUCCCUGCACCAGCAGGAUAGGGGUGACACCGUGGAAACCAUCCAUAGGGGGCGGGCUGGUUUUCGGACUCUUCGUGGGAGCUCUAAAACUUUCUCCAGCUCAGUGGAAGGCCCAGCCCCCUUCAUGUGCAAUUGCCUGUCAACUACGACCCCGUAGAGAACACCUCUCUCCUGGCGUUCUAGUUCUCCUGACCUGAAUCUUUGACUUUUUUUUUGAGAAGUGUUUGUCUGUCUUUGUCAUGUGUGGGAUAUGUUCUUCCUGUGUCCCAGGCACUCGGGCGUGAGUGUCCCUAGUGUGGGAAGUGGCUGUAGGAAGUGAAGUGCAGAGGCCUCCUUUCCUGCAAUAGUGCCGAAGCCCAGCCUGGCCGGUGCCUGCCCAGGAGCUUGUCUGAAAUUAAGAUCCACAGUGAUGGAUUCUCAGCCAUGCACCCCUGAGGCAAUGGUGCUGCGAACAGACAAGCCGGGCUACUGGGCUGCCUUCAGCAGCGAGCAGGCAGGCAGGGCAGCUGUGACGGGGGAGGAACUUGAGACAGACACUGUGCUAAAGGCCUGGUGGCCAGCUGAGGGGCAGGGAGGCACACGGAGCCUGUGCAGGGCUGACGGUACAGAGCACUCACUGCCCUUCCUACCGGGCCCAGAUAGGGUCUGAGUGGCAGGUGAGAGCCACAGUGCCCUUCCUGUCCCCCUUCAGCAUCAGCCUUCUUGCCUGUGGUGGGCCACGGGCUCCCCGAUCUCCUCACUGCCUGGAAUCCAGCCAUGACAAGGGCUUUCACGCAUGCUUCUCACAGGCCCCAGCAGCACUCCGAACUUAGGAGCCCUGUUGCUGAUCUGAAUUAAUCCUUCCCAGUACCCACCCCCCCCCACACCCAUCCCAGCAUGCUCUACCUAGGCCUCAUUUGGCUGUUGUCCAACAGGGUCUCUCCUUUCUCUGCCUGAGCCUGACACAGGCGUUUCCUCCGCCAGUGAUCACACAGGCUGCUGGUGGCACUCCUCCAUGCUGGCUCACACGCUCCAUGGCCUGGGGCCACCAUCUGGCUGCUUUUUUUCUACUUAAGCGGGUAUUACUGUGCCCAACCCAGGAUCCUUCACACCCUAACACUGGACUGUGAAGCAGAGCAGGUGAUAUGCCUCACUUUGUGAAAAAUCUGAUUAGCUUAAGACAGCUGAGGCCUAGAGGUCUUCGAGCAGAGGCAGUCUCUGUGAUAUCAUUCUGGGUUUGAGAAACUGAGGCACUUUGCCCCAUUUCCACUGUCCAACUAGCCAUUCCCUUCUUAGUCCACUUUGCUCCUAGAAGUAUGCCCCUAAGUGUCACCCUGGCCCUUGAGGAUGGCUCUGGUCUGGAACCUGCAGAUUAAGGGAAGUCCUCUGGAACCGAUGUCCCAGGUGUGUGCCAAGUCCCAUCUGUUGUGCAAGUGUGUCGUCUUGGGCCCAAAUCCCAUCCCUGGAUUUCUGCCAGGACUUCCUUUCUUCCCUAUCUGUAAAUUUAAUCUUUAACAGUAGCUGUGGGGCAGAGGAGCAUGCUGGUGGUUUACAAAAGUGAUGGUGAGCCUUGUUGUUUAACUAUUUGUGUAUAUCUCUGAAAUCUAAGGAAUGCUAAAUCACAUGGCCAUAUUGGAGCCACUGGCAUAUGAGUUGUGGCAGGUGCAAGGGGGACCCCAAAAUCCACCCAGCCAGCAACACCUGAGCUCUCCCAGGAAAGGGAGAGUGAGGCCCAAGAGUGUCUCCAGCUCCAGGGAAAAGAAUGAAAGCAGUGUCUGGUCUUCAGAGACCCAGGCUGUGGCUGAGGUGACUCCUGUACAGAGCUUGUCAAGGAAGGAAGUCUCUGGGGUCUGAGGGAGGCAGAGUCCUGGCCACGAUUGCUUCAUUAGGAGCACUUCUGGUGGCUCUUGGGCAAAGGAACCAUGAUGGAGCAGUAAGUCACUGCCCAGCUCUGGACACUGAGGCCUCACCUUGGGCUUGUAGCCAGUCAUAUAUCCUGACUGAAACCACACCUGUGUCACAGCAGCUCCCUGACCCGUGGUCACCACUCCAUUAUUCACAUACCUGUCAGGUCCUGCCCCGCAACCCCCCUGGCAUUACAUAACACUUCCUGAGUGACUGAUUUGUCAUCCUUUGGGCAGAUUCUCCUUUUCUCAAAAGUCUAGAGUCUGACAACCAGCAAUAGUGACUGUUUCUUGCCAACAGGGCGAGGGCCCCGAACUCUGUGGCAUGAACAGGGGGUUCUGCCUCUCCUAGUUGCCGUGGGGCCAGGCCAAUGCUCUUGGGCUUCCAGGGACUCUGUUGUCAGAGGCGUCAAGCAGCACUUUUGCCUGUGAGCCCUGUGGCAUUCCCGUCAGGCCCAGACCAGGGAGGGCUGUUUUCUGUUCUGGUGAAUUGUUGUAAUUUAAGUGAUUGUUUUAAUAAAAACUGAGCUGCAA